AGUCCUUGCGCUCUCAAUUACAUUCGUUAGGAAACUUUCUGUUUGCACAAGCGAUUUUACUCCUCGCACUCGCUUCGCCUCCUCUCGGUGAGAUCCUGGGAUUUCCUCAGACAAACGAAUAUCAAAAUCGUCGAGACGUCCAUUAUUACGCUCGUUAAGUGGUGCUUGCAUAUACAAGGCUUCUUUAUUGCGCCCGGUUUCCUUUGCCGAAUUCACGAAGGUACGCGUUGAACUAUCCACGAUCACAGUCGUCAUGAAGCUCUCUGCGACCAUUGCCAUCGCGGCUGCGGGCACGCUAGCCGCAGCCCAAGGUCACCGCCACGCCCACCAUCAUGCCCACAAGCGUGAUACAGUAGCGACCUCCACUGUCGACGAAGUCGUAACUGUCUACCAGCUUGACGGAACUCCAGUCCCCGUUGCCGAUGUUUGUCAGGGUAUCAAGAACGGCGAGUACAAGUGGGCUGACGGCAAUGCCCCUUCUGGUGCCUGCGCUACAUCUACCAGCACCAGUCCUACCGUAAAGGCUGCCGAAUUCAUCCAAACCUCGACUUCUGUGUCCACUUCCACGUCGAGCUCGUCGAUCGUGACAACCUCUGCAGUCCCGACUACUUCGGCGACUCCUACCACCAGCUCAACCUCUACCACCCCAACCACCACCCCAGCCACCAGCACUACCCCUUCUGCUACCCCAGCUCCCACCAGCGGCUCCGGCGGUGCCACUGGCGUUGAUGCCCCUUUCCCCGACGGUGAGCUUGACUGUGACACAUUCCCCUCUCAGUAUGGCGCGGUCCCUCUAGACUAUCACAACAUUGGAGGCUGGAGUGGUAUUCAGUACCCUACGUUUAACUCUCUCGCGACUCUCGUUGAGAAUAUUGUGACGGCUGUCCAGGGCCAAUCUUGCACAGAGGGUGCCUUCUGCUCUUACCAAUGCCCCGAGGGUUAUUUGAAGUCUCAAUGGCCCUCUACCCAGGGUGCUACCGGUCAGUCAGUCGGUGGUAUCAGGUGCUCUAACGGAAAGUUGGUGCGAACCAACACCAACUAUGAUACCCUCUGUAUUCCCGGCGUUCCUGCCUUGUCUGUCAAGAAUACCCUUAGUGAAAUGGUUUGCCUCUGCCGUACCGACUACCCUGGCACUGAGAGUGAAACUCUGCCUAGCUGCGUCAACCCAGGUCAAACAAUCCAGCUUGCUAACCCCGACGGAAAUUCCUACUACGAGUGGGAAGGCAAGAGCACCUCCGCUCAGUACUACAUCAACCCUGCUGGCUUUGACGAGACUCAAGCUUGCAUCUGGGGAUCGCCUGAUCCUAAUCCAAUUGGUAACUUUGCACCAAUGAACUUGGGUCUCGGCUACAAGAACGGCGUGACUUUCGCCUCAAUUUUCCCCAACAAACCCACCACUUCCGAAAUCCUCCAGUACAACGUCAGAUAUGACGGUGUUAGCACAGAGUGCGCUUGGGAUUCCAAUGCUAAGGCCUACAAAGGCGGUGCCUCAGCGGAUGGUGGCUGUACCGUUAGCAUUCCCGAGGGCAGCAGCGCUACACUUGUCUUGUACUAGACGAAUCGAAUCCUCCUUAACAACUUGACUUUGCAAAACAUACUUUGUCUAUUUGUAGAUUAUUUCGUUGCCCUUCUUUGUCUGCUCUGAUGCAAUUGUUGAGAAGACUCGUGUCUGGAUUUCUGGCUAUAUUCGCCAUUUGUCAGUGUUGGCAACUAUGUCUCAUCGUCUAGUUGUGAUUUUUCAUUUCUUGAAUUUACUUUUCCCUUCUCUUGGGGGUUUGACUAUGUCACGACAGGCCGUCGUUUUAUUUGUUUCCACUUCCAGCACCUAUUCUACAUGAUUCGGCUCGCUUUGCUGCGCAUUGAAACAACCCGUUUGUUGUCGCAGUCAUGGAAGCUUCUCAUCAGAAGCCAAGAACGGCAUAAUUUGUGUUGAUUUAUACCCUUUAUUAUUUGUUUUUGAAGGCUUUGUCUUUUUCAAGUAUAGUUUGUCGCAAUAAAAUCUUCUUUGCUAUUUUUAAAACAU